AUGGUUUUUGCUCUCUUGUCAACUCAUUUUCGUUCCAUAUACUACCAAGCAAUCAUUUUUUUGUGCGUAAACUUACUUUGGCUUCAACAUACCAGGGCUGCAUCUGCAUUAGGAAAUGAGACUGACUAUAUGGCAUUGCUCAAGUUUAAAGAAUCAGUAACCAGUGAUCCAUAUGAAGUCUUGAGCUCCUGGAAUAGUUCAAGUCACUUCUGCAACUGGCAUGGAAUCACAUGCAGCCGCAGACACCAAAGAGUCGUUGAGUUGAGGCUGCCAGGAUAUCAUUUGCGUGGGGUUCUCUCACCCUAUGUUGGCAACCUCUCCUUCCUGAGAAACCUCUACCUUCCAAAUAACAGCCUUCAUGGAGAAAUUCCACCACAAUUGGGUAGUUUGUUCAGGCUGCAGCAGCUAUCUCUCAGAGAUAAUACAUUAACAGGAGAGAUUCCCAUCAACCUGACAAGCUGCACUGAGCUCAGGCACUUAAAUUUGUCAAGCAAUAGUCUUACAGGUAAAAUGCCACUCGAGCUUGGCUCUCUCAGGAAGCUUGAAAAGCUGAACUUAUUUACAAAUAAAUUAACUGGAGAAAUCCCAGCUUCCAUUUGGAAUCUUUCCUCCCUUGAUGUUCUUUCAGUGGGUUAUAACAACUUGGAAGGGAGCAUACCAGAAGAAAUAGGCCACUUGAGCAGAUUGAGUGUUUUAGCAAUAGUAGAUAACAAUUUUUUUGGUGUGCUUCCUUCUUCAUUUUACAAUAUGUCAUCCCUCACAUUCAUAUCUGCAGCAAAAAACCAGCUGAGUCGAACUCGACUUCCAGACAAGAUGUUCACCACCCUCCCUAAUUUGCAAUAUUUUGCCAUAGGUGAUAACCAAAUAUCAAGUUCAAUCCCAACUUCAAUAACAAAUGCAUCCUUUAUUCAACUAUUUGACAUUGGUUUAAACAAUUUUGUUGGAAAAGUUCCAAGUCUAGGAAACCUAAAAGAUUUGCAAGUGCUAAAUCUGAACUAUAAUAAUCUUGGAGAUAGUUCAGACCAUGACUUGGAUUUUAUAACAUCUUUGGAAAAUUGUACGAAACUAGAAAAUUUGAUUCUAUCCACCAACAAAUUCGGAGGUCUUUUACCUGACUCCAUAGGCAAUCUGUCAACCCAACUCAUUCGACUGUACCUUGGUGAUAAUCAGAUAUAUGGAACUAUUCCCGAAACUUUAGGAAGGUACACAAAUUUAAUUGCCUUGGUCCUGGAAUACAACCAGUUUACAGGCUCAAUUCCAGCAUCUUUUGGAAAAUUGAAUAAUUUGCAAAUAUUAGGCUUGGGGAGAAACCAACUUUCUGGAGAGAUACCAGCCUCCUUAGGCAAUCUCAGUUACUUGGUUCAAUUAAGCUUUUCAGAGAAUAUGCUUGAAGGAAAAAUUCCAUCCGAGAUAGGAAAUUGGCAAAAUAUAGUGCUUCUAGACCUUUCAGAAAACAAUCUUAGUGGUGCUAUACCCUUGCAGGUUUUUACUCUUUCCUCCUUGUCCACAUUGCUGAACUUCUCCCACAACUCAUUAAACGGCUCUCUACCUAUUGACGUGGGAAGACUUAAAAGUCUUGGCACUUUUGAUAUCUCUGAAAAUUAUCUUUCUGGGGAGAUUCCUAGGACCAUAGGAGACUGCAUAAGUUUGGAAUACCUUACCUUACAAGGGAAUUUGUUCAGUGGGUCCAUGCCCCCUUCACUAGCUUCACUGAAAGGCCUUAAGUAUCUAGAUCUAUCACAAAACAACUUUUCUGGAUCAAUACCAACAGGUCUGCAGAAUAUAUCCGCCCUUGAAUACUUGAAUGUUUCAUUUAAUGCAUUGGAUGGUAAAGUGCCAACAGAUGGGAUUUUCAAGAAUGCAAGUGCCAUAUCAAUUGCGGGUAAUUAUAAGCUUUGUGGGGGUAUUGCUGAGCUGCAUUUACCACCAUGCCCUGACAAAACUAGGACAAACAAUAAAAAUCAUCGUUUGAAGGUCGUGGUUAUUAUCAUUUGUGUUAUUGUUUGUGCUGUCCUAUCAUCUAUAUUUGCUAUCUACUGCUGGAGGAAACGAAACAGGACACUGCCUUCAACUUCACAACCAACUGGCCAGCCCUCCAAUAUAUCAUACCAAAGCUUACACUCUGCAACAGAAGGGUUCUCCAGCAAUAACUUGAUCGGGUAUGGAAGUUUUGGUUAUGUGUAUAAAGGAAAGCUGCAAUCAGAAAGCAGAGUUGUUGCUAUAAAGGUCCUAAACCUUCAAAAGAAGGGAGCAAACAAGAGUUUCAUUUCUGAAUGUAAUGCACUUAAAAACAUCAGGCACAGAAAUUUGGUUAAGAUUUUAACAUGUUGCUCCAGCUUGGAUUAUAAAGGGCAAGAAUUUAAAGCACUAGUCUUUGAGUACAUGUCAAAUGGAAGCUUAGAGCAAUGGUUGCAUCCUAGUCCAGAAAGUAUAGAUCAGCCUAGAACUUUGAAUUUAGCUCAAAGAUUAAAUAUUUUAAAUGACGUUGCUUGUGCACUGCAUUAUCUUCACUAUGAAUGUCAGCAAACCAUUGUCCAUUGUGAUUUGAAGCCAAGCAAUAUUCUUCUUGAUGAUGAUAUGACUGCUCACGUUAGUGACUUUGGGCUAGCAAGACUUCUUGCAAUCCUCAAUGGCAGCUCUAAGAAGCAAACCAGCACAGUUGGAAUAAAAGGGACUAUUGGGUAUGCUCCUCCUGAGUAUGGAAUGACUUCUGAGGUAUCAAGGGAAGGUGAUGUUUAUUCUUUUGGGAUUCUAGUUUUGGAAAUGCUUACUGGCAAAAGGCCCACUGAAGACAUGUUCAAAGAUGGUCACAAUCUCCAUAACUAUGCAAGAUCUGCAUACCCAGAUGACCUCUUGGACAUUGUGGACUCAGAUCUUUUACAGAAAGAUUUAAAGCAGACUGCAUCUUCAAGAUCAGAGCAAAUCAACAUGCAGAACCAGAGCCUGUCGCAUUAUAAUGAAGAGAAGUGUAUAAUUUCACUAUUCAGCAUUGGACUUGCUUGCUCAGAAGAAUCACCCAAAGAAAGAGCGAAUAUGAUGAGUAUCACAAGGAGGCUAGAUCUCAUUAGAAAUGCUCUCUGCUGUCAUGAAAUGAAAGGGAAUUGAUUCCAAAGCAGAGAAUGGGAACUUGCUUCUUUAGCAACACUAUGACCACCAAUUGCUCUAUUGUAUACGUAUUUGUAGCUGAAAUGUUCAUACAUGAAUAGUGAAC